GUAAACCAGCCACCACAGCACCGAGGCAAUACGGCGCCGGGAUCAGGGGCACUUGGACCGGAACAAUAAAGGGAAUCUUCGAAAACAAAUACACAGGAUGGGAAUCGGCCGUCGGGAAACCCCGAGUCUAUCGACGAGCAACAUCACCGCGAUGCUUUUGCUGUAAUUUCUAGCAAUCCAUGGCUGCUGUUCAAAGGUUUAAAAUGCAUUCAGAAUGGAGAGUUGUGACAAGAGUUGCUGCAGGGUGCCGCAUUGCCUGGCCGCUUGAUGGUAGGAUAGUAUAAUGCUUUAAUGGUGAUGGUGAUGUUUAGGUCUUUUUGGGUGGGGAUGGUUGAAUGAACGGCUUGAGCAUUUGUGUUACCGACGUCGCCAGGUUAAAUGUAUAAAUCUUCACUCGAUACAGUAAUUCUAUCGGCUGAAGCCAUAUGCAUUUGAAUUGCUCAAUACGACAGUUUGAAUGUAGCCUACGCGAACACAUUGUAGUGAAAAUAGAUAACCAGAACUUGUAUACAGGUAAACUCACAACUGUGCUGACUGGGAAGUAGAUUGCUAUCGUUGAUCAUGCUCAGGACGAUCUCUAAAGUCAGGUUUUAAUCUGGAAGCACCACAGAUAGGCUUGUCAAUACGUGACGCAUUUAAUAUUGUUGUCUUCUUUUUUUGGCAAUUUCCCCAAAUCUGCUGUGCCACUUUCUUACUGUUUCGUUCUACGCGUUCGAACAAGGACAAUGACUCAUUUACAAGCAGGCCUUUCUCCGGAGACGCUGGAGAAAGCCAAGGUGGAGUUAAAAGAGAACCCUGACACUUUACAUCAGGACAUACAGGAGGUGAGGGACAUGAUCAUCACUCGACCAGACAUUGGCUUUCUCAGGACAGACGACGCUUUCAUCCUACGGUUCCUCCGAGCGCGGAAAUUUAACCAUUUCGAGGCAUUCCGCCUCUUGGCCCAGUAUUUCGAGUAUCGCCAGCAGAACCUGGAUAUGUUCAAAAACUUGAAAGCAACCGAUCCGGGGAUCAAGCAAGCUCUUAAAGAUGGAUUUCCAGGGGUGCUCUCCAACUUGGACCGGUAUGGCAGGAAAAUUCUGGUCUUGUUCGCCGCCAACUGGGAUCAGAGCAGGUACACGUUUGUGGAUAUUUUGCGGGCAAUUCUGUUGUCACUGGAGGCCAUGAUUGAGGAUCCGGAGCUACAGGUGAACGGAUUUGUGUUGAUCAUCGACUGGAGUAACUUCACCUUCAAACAGGCCUCCAAACUCACACCGAGCAUGCUGCGACUGGCCAUAGAGGGACUACAGGAUAGCUUCCCAGCCCGAUUCGGAGGGAUCCACUUUGUCAACCAGCCGUGGUACAUUCACGCACUGUACACCGUCAUACGUCCUUUCCUGAAGGACAAAACACGGAAAAGGAUCUUCAUGCAUGGAAACAACCUGAAUAGUCUGCACCAGCUCAUUCUGCCCGAGAUACUGCCCUCGGAGCUGGGGGGCAUGCUGCCCCCCUACGACAUGGGCACCUGGGCGCGCACCCUGCUCGAUCACGCUUACGACGAGGAGACCGACUACUGCCCCGAGUCGUACACGCUCUCCGUCAAGGACCUGGAGAAAGACCUGUCUCCGAAAACCAUGAAGAGGUCGGUGACUGCUGCCGCUGUUGUGUGUGACGUUUAGGCGGAGAGGUCUCAAUCGGUUGUGGAGCCUGGGGUGCUUAAGAGACCGGAGAAGGUGAAGAGUGAGGAGGAGAACAUGCAGCCACUGCUCUCUCUGGACUAACACCCCCCCCCCCC